AAACUCGGGUACUUGAGUUAGAAGAGAUUCGCCGACAGCAUGAAGCGGAUAUGUUGACAGGUAAAGAGCAGAAACUGAAGGAAGUACGACAGUGCUGUCGCUGUCAUAGCGACGAACAUGGUAGAUCGCUUCGAGAACUUGGUGAACCAGCUGGGACUCGCGGGUCAGGUGAUCGACUACGUGAAGCUGGACGUGGAGCUGUCGGAGGUGGACUUCCUGCAGGAUAUGCUCCUUAACUCUCCACAUGUCCUCAGGAACAUCAAGCAGAUCGCUAUGGAAGUUCAUGAUGACUUUUUCAAAGGUGACCUGAGCCAGACUAGCAGACAACAGGUGUUCUGGCCCUACUUCAUGCUGCUCAAGUGUCAAGACUUCCGACUGGUCCAUUCCCGAAGUAAUCAUGGACGGUGGCAAGAGGUGGAGGAGGUUUAUAAGAUGGGCAGGGGAGGUCAACUGGUAGCCCCCGUCCUCCAGCGGGAGGUGGUGUGGGCCCGGGAGGUCAACUGGUAG